GCUCAUCAUCAACACACCAACAGUCCUGUGCGCGACCUCGGCAAGGGCCGGGAGACCGCAGCUGAAUGGCUUUUGACGUUUUGACAAAACCCAGCUUCCGUGAUAUCUAUGGACUGUUCACGACUUGACAUACCAAAUAGGAGCCACAUAGCGUCCGUGAAGCCCAAGAGCGGCGGUAGCGGCCGCGCUGAUAAUCCUCAACUCCCGCGACCUAGCGCACUACACUCUGCGGCGUCGCUUGCUUCACGAGAAACAUUACUGUAGUGAGGGUUGUUAUGUCUUUAAACCGGCUCUAGCCAGCGACAAGGCACGGCGCGGCUGGUGCUGACGAGUCACCCGGCGUGAACGUGUGCUGCCGCCGGCCGUGGUAGCAUGACCGGGCAGGCAGCCGCUGCGGGGGCCCAGACGGUCGGCGGACUGGGCUGCGUCCCAGAAGCUCCGUCGGCGGAUGCCUGGCAGGUGGCCGCGGCGCUGGUGGCGCCGCAGGUUGCGGCCUUGUCCACAUCCAUGCAAGGAGGGAGUGGCGCCAGUGGCGGCAGUGGCGGCGGCGCGGCGUUCCCGCAGCAGUCGCCGCUGCCUCCGCCGCCGUCGCUGCACGUGCUGCGCUCCUCGCAGGUGGAUGCGCUGAGGCUGGACGCGGAGCUGGGCGGCAUGCUGCAGGAGCAAAUGGUGAAGCUGUUCGACCACUUCAGGCCGGGCCAGGCGGCGGCUCUGGAGCCGGAGGUGCGCGCCGUGCUGUCACUGCUGGUGUUUGGGCUGUCGGUGUGGGGCGGCGGCGGCACGGGCCGCGCCACGCCCGGCUCGGAGCUGCUCAACCUGAGGUACCGCAACGAGUGGGCCGUGGCCGCAGACAAGGCCUGCGUUGGCCGCACGGGCGUGGAGGGGCCGGGCCUGAGCCGCGGCCAGCGACUGGGGCUGGGGCUGGGCACCGUGGCACUGCCGUACGCCUGGGCGAGGCUGUGUCGGGCGGCGCAUGCCGGCGACUGGUCGGAGGCGGAGGAGGGCAGCUGGCGGCGGCGGGCGGCGGGAGCCAUGCGCUGGGCGGAGGGCGCGGCGGCGGCGGCGGCGCUCGCCAACUCGUGGCUGUUCCUGGUGCGCGGCGACUACAGGACGCUGCUGGAGCGGCUGCUGGGCUGCCGGCUGGUGUGGCGGCAGGCGGCCAUGAGCCGCAUCAUCAGCUUCGAGUACCUCAACAGGCAGCUGGUGUGGCAGGAGUUGAGUGAAGCGCUGUUGCUGCUGCUGCCCAUGGUGGACCUGGCCCGGCUGCGGCGGGCCGUGCUGCGGGUGCUGCCGCGGCCGCAGAGCCUGCUGUCGCCGCUGCAAGGCUUCGCCACAUCACCCGUUGCGGCGGCGGCGGCAGCAGCAGCGGCCGAUGGAGCGGAAGCAGGAGCCACAGCAGGCCGGGGCAAGGGCGAGGGCGAGGGUGAAGGGGAGGGCGAGAAGGCGCUACCCGCAGAAGGAGGCGCGGCAGAGACGCGCAAGGCGCCGGCGCCGGCCGCCGCCAACGCCGCCUGCCCGGUGUGCGGCAGUGGCGACAUGCUGACAGCGGUGGUGGCGCUGCCGUGCCGCCACGUGUUCUGCUACUACUGCCUGCGGGCGCACACGGCGGCGGACGUGGCCUACGCCUGCCCGCUGGACGGGGUGCGGGUGGCGGCGCUGCGGCGGCGGCGGCCCGUGGCGGCGGCGGCGGCGGCGGGCGGCAGCGGUGGGAGAGAUGGCGGCGGUGGCGGGAGAGAUGGCCCGGCGGCUGGAGCUGAUACGGCGGCGGCGGUUGCUAGGCAGUGAUGCAGGGAUGGGGGGCGGAGGCGGCAGCUGUGCGCGCACGCGAAGGUGGCAACACCAGACCAGUCUCUGUGUGUGUGUGUGUGUGUGUGUGUGUGUGUGUGUGUGUGUGUGUGUGUGUGUGUGUGUGUGUGUGUGUGUGUGUGUGCGCGCGCGCGCGCGUGUGUGUGUGUGUGUGUGUGUGUGUGUGUGUGUGUGUGUGUGUGUGUGUGUGUGUGUGUGUGUGUGUGUGUGUGUGUGUGUGUGUGUGUGUGUGUGUGUGUGUGUGCAUUGAGAAGUUUGGUACAGCAGGGAGCAGAACACGAAGGGCAGGCUUGGUAAGCGAUUUAAUCCGAGGUGAGAGCAGGGCAAUCACCGCUGGGACAGGCUGAGGAUUGUGAACGGUGUGCGUUGGGACAAGGUUAAGGCAGGUUGGCAAAUUCCUGUAGGGACGUAGGGUGCAGCUGAUUCCCCGACCCCAGCAGAUGACAAACAACAUGCAACGGCAGGGCAGGAGUGCGCGGCUGGUCGAACGCCGGAGUUACUGUACCGACAAGUUGCUGGCUGGCUGGAAGUUUGCUGACGCGAAUUCCUCACGCUCUGGGUUGUGAACGGUGUGAAUCAAGGCGGCGAUGACGCGUGUACAGCGGAGGACGCCUGCCCAGUGCAUGAGCGUGAAUGAAGUGGUGGCAUGAGCGGUACACAGGAGGGAGGCCGGCCGCUGCCAGCUGCCGAGUAUUUGCGGCAAAGCUCUUGUGCAGUUGAUGGCGUUGCCUGUAUGAGAAC